CGGGGGGAGAUGACCGGCUGGACUCUCGAACCUAGACGUGUACCUGCUUUCUCCAAAUUUCUAUGACAAUCUGGGUAUGCGAGGGAUACAUUUUAUCCGGGUAUUUCAAACGUUGCUUCCACUUCAACAUGAUUCGUUUUAUUCUGAUACAAAACAGAGCCGGCAAGACUCGCCUUGCCAAAUGGUUCAUGCCUUUUGAAGAUGACGAGAAACAGAAGCUCAUCGAAGAAGUCCACGCCGUUGUUACCGUUCGUGACGCCAAGCACACGAAUUUCGUAGAGUUUCGUAGUUUUAAGAUUGUCUAUCGACGAUACGCUGGUCUCUACUUCUGUAUCUGUUGUGAUGUCGAAGACAACAACCUCGCCUACCUAGAGGCAAUCCACAAUUUCGUCGAAGUUCUCAAUGAAUACUUCCACAACGUUUGCGAGCUUGAUCUCGUCUUUAACUUUUACAAGGUUUAUGCCGUUGUUGACGAGAUGUUUUUGGCCGGUGAGAUCAGAGAGACGAGUCAGACGAAAGUUUUGCGACAACUGCAACUUCUGGCGCAGAUGGAGUAGCCCGAGAGACAAGCAUAGGUGAACAUAUGCUGAGUGUGUAGUGUGUGGAGACUUGCGGACGUUAUUGUACAUGAACACGUAUGAUGGGUGGGGUGUUUUCACUUUUGUGCUUGAAAUAAAGGUUUGUGUUAUGUCACCGUUUGUGGUGGUUGGUUGUGUAU